GUCGUACUUCUUUAGUUUUUUUUUGUUUGGAGAGACCAGCCAUCAUGCCUGAUCCGUCCAAAUCAGCUCCUGCGCCCAAGAAAGGCUCUAAGAAGGCAGUUACCAAAGCCCAGAAGAAAGACGGCAAGAAGCGCAAACGCAGCCGUAAAGAGAGCUAUUCCAUUUACGUGUACAAGGUGCUGAAGCAGGUGCACCCGGACACCGGCAUCUCGUCCAAGGCCAUGGGCAUCAUGAACUCCUUCGUCAACGACAUCUUCGAGCGCAUCGCCAGCGAGGCCUCCCGCUUGGCGCACUACAACAAGCGCUCCACCAUCACCUCCCGGGAGGUGCAGACGGCUGUGCGCCUGCUGCUGCCCGGGGAGCUGGCCAAGCACGCCGUGUCCGAGGGCACCAAGGCCGUCACCAAGUACACCAGCUCCAAGUGAGGCGCUUCCACCGCAGCCGCGCAACAGAACCCAAAGGCUCUUUUCAGAGCCACCCACAUGAUCGAGAAAGGGUUUCGAACACGUUAAAGGUUUUUUUUUUUUCCUUUUUCUUUUUUUUUUUUUUUUUUGCGUAAUUCCCUGCUACGUUUGUAUGCCCUAGUGAUUCGUUGGUUAGUCUGAGUGCAGCCGGGAGAUCGGGGAGAGAAUAUCAAUGUAGAAUUGCUCUUUAUGGACAUAAGGGGCUGAACCCUUUGUGGAGCAAAAUACUUGUAAUGUUGGUGGGAGGUGGUCAAAGGUUAACUGUAUCCACUCUUUUCUCCACCCAAAGUUAUUAAAAACGCACCACUAGGCUAAAGUAGGAGCUUUUGGAUUCCUAUGUUCUUUGGCAGCUUGAGCGUGUUGCCCGGGCACUUGAGCGCGUGGACCCGGUCCAAGGCCGUGACAGUCUGCCGGUGGCUUUCUCCGUGUGGCGACGGGGCGCGGUCACCUCUCCAGGAAGACCUUGUGCCACCCGCGCGCCUGAGGCCGGACAAGCAGUGGACGCGGGUCUUGGUGAUGCCCUGAGUAGUGUCGCACUCCUCCGGCAGCAGCUCCAAGCACUGCGCGCUAGCCUGCAUCAGACAUCUUUAUUCUCAAGCAGUUAAAAUCCGCUGUGGCAGGAUUUGUUUGAAAUGCUGUGAAAACGCAACGCCGCCCUUCGGCCCCUGUGCUGUGGGAGCCAAAUGUGAUAGGAAGCUGAUCUCCGUUGUGGGUAGAUAUAACCCGUUUAUUUAUGUUGCGAAGAGAGGUGUCAAAUGAUUUUAAAAUCCACUGAAGACAUAAAUCAUUCCUUUUCCGAAUAAAUGCGGCUCCCUCCUGCCUCCCGCCUUCAGCCACGCAGUUAUUUCACAUGAGCCUUGUUGUUGGCCGCCAUCCGGUCGCCCCGGUUCACGGCGACCCCAUGCACAGCAGAAUUGAACCGUUGUGAUUCAAAAGGUUUUCACUGGCUGGUUUUUGGAAGUAGAUCGCUAGGCCUUUUUUCCAUGUCAAGCAUUAGUAAAGCUGAAUUCAAUAAACGUUUAUUUCUCUUUUCUUUCUGAAUUCAUGGCAUUUAUUUUGAGAGUCAUCUGGGUUCAGUAAAGGCAGUUGGCAUGAAGAGUCCUCACCCAGAAAAGAGCACUGCUUACCUUUCUCUUCGGUUGGCUUAUUUGUUAAAAAAAAAAAAAAAAAAGGGGGG